AUGACAAAGAAUGAUGCCGAUCAGAUAGAGUAUAUUAUUGAGUUUUCUGCAGCACACCUAUCUCAAGAGCCUUUAAACAACCCGGAGUUUUUAGAAAACCUUAAAGACACGCUCAAAAACAACGGCUCAGAGUUUUCAAUCAAAAACAUAGACGGAAAUAGAGAGAAAUAUAAGAUUAAAAUAAUCGAUAGCAUUUCAGAUUUAGGGGAUGGGUCCAAUAAUGUCGCUUUAUUUCAGAUGGACAUUCAAAACAGCUGUGUCAGAUUGAAACAGUUUGAUAUUUUAAAUAACGAGGAGCCAGAUGAUCAUAUGACGCCUGAGGACGAAAACAAGGAUGGUGGUUUGGAGAAAACUACCACCAAAAAUGAAAGCACAGGCAAUGAACAGCGUUCAAGAAAGGACAAGGGGAAUAUUAGGGUAAUAGAUAUUGAAGAUGGUGAGGAAUCUACAAUGAGUCUGAGAGAGAUGCAGCAGACGCUUCAGAAGCUUGCAGAACAGCCGCAAGAGCAUAGUAGAAAGAGCAUAAAGAGUAACCUGUCGGCUGCUGGUUUAAAGCCCAACACAUCCAGGAAGGUAAGUACAGAUUUGCCUAAUAUCGUCAUAGCUAAUAAAACCAGUGGCAAUCUGCCCAUAGCUGGAAACAAUGCUGGAAGCUUGUCAUCUAAGGCUAAUGCCAACUAUUCGCCAAAAAUCAUUAUGGCCGGAAAUAGUGCUCCAAGAACGGCAGCCUCUAGCAAGCUAGAAAAUGUUGCAGACAACGUUCUUUUACCAAUGAAUUGUGCUCCUGCUCCAUGUUCAAACAUUGCCGGCCGAGACUCAGCCAAUAUGAAAAUACCGCCUCAACUUUUCACAACCACAGCAGUGUCUCCCAAUGCAGAGAUGGUGAACAAAGAAGCAGGUGCGUUCCUAAAUAUUAGUCCACCUGCUGCUCAGCCAAAAGCAGGGCUGGGGCCUGAAAAUGAAACUCUAGCCAGGGCCUGCCAUCUUAACAACCUUGGAGAAAAGCAGACAAAUAAUGCCAAUCCUGUUGAAAUGAUAAAGAAUCUAAUGCCCAGUCCAGAAGGCCGGAGAUCUACAGAUCGGGCUGCCAUCAGGAAUGCGCAGGAGCCCAUCUUUGUAGUGAAUAAUUAUCCAGUUGAAAAGUCGCUGCAAGAUGUCGGUAACAUAGUUAUAAACCAGUCAGCAGAUGAAUAUGCGGAGAAUGGCAUGCAGGAGGAUACGGCAUAUGCAUCCGAAAGCGAAGUGGCAAAUAUGAUUAACGACCUGGCGAAGGCGCAGCUGUAUGAAGAUCAGCAUAGCAUAUCCAGUGGAAUGGGAAGCACAAAUAUCCCGUCCAUGGGAAGUAUAUCUUCAAAGAGUGUCAAGAAAAUUAAAAAUGAUGCAGAAAAUGUUGUUAUUCAUAUUACAAUGCCUGAAAAAAGCGAGUUUGAAGUAAUACUGCACAGAGGUGAUCGAAAAAACAAGAGCGAGAUUGCUCAGCAGGAGAAUGCUGAUGGAGCGGCCGACAAUUUAUUUAACAACGAACAGCUGGGUAUCUCAGAAAGUCCGAAUACAUCAGAUUCGUUCAGCAUGACAGACAAUCCAGACGAGUAUGGUAUUGGCAGCGUUAAUGAAGAAAGCAUAAUAGAUGAAACAGAAAGGCCUGACGAGGGACAGGUAAAAAGGAUGAUUGAGUUUUAUGAAAACUUGAGAAAAGAUUAA